AUGCAAUCUUUACUCGUUGGCGAUUACAAAUGCAGAGUUAGUUCAGUAUUAAAUAAACAAACUAAAGAAUAUGGUAAAGAGAAUUUAUUUGAUAAAAGUGAAGAAACAUGUUGGAAUUCACAUCAAGGUACACCACAAUUUAUAGUGAUUCAAUUUCCUCAAGAAAAUGGUGUAACAUUGUCAAGUGUGAAUAUUAUGUUUCAAGGUGGAUUCGUUGGUAAAGAUUGUGAAAUUUUAACAAUGUCAACAAAUUCAGAUUCAAAAGAAUUUAUUCACUCUUGUUAUUUCUAUCCAAAAGAUAUUAAUACAACUCAACAAUUCCCAAUUGAUUCAAUUAAAAAUACAAAUAUUAAACAAAUUAAAAUUUUAUUUCCUCAAAGUACUGAUUUCUUUGGUAGAAUUACAAUUUAUCAAUUAGAUAUUUUAGGUGAACCAACUUUAUAA